AUGCGUUUCCAGGCCACCGUUCUUGCCGUUGCGGCUUCGCUUGCCUUCGUUGGUGCUCAGGAUUUGAGCGGUAUCCCGCAGUGCGCUAUUCCCUGCUUCGUCGCCGCUCUCCCUGGUUCCAACUGUGGCGUCACAGACACCAAGUGCCAGUGCACCAGCGGUCGUUCCGCCAUUGAGAACUCUCUCCUCACUUGCGCGCCCGAGCGAUGCCAACCGGCUGAGAUUUCCAGCCUUGCACCCGCCGUCUCUUCCCUCUGCGGCGCCGCCGGUGUAACCCUCUCCGACAUUCCUACCGCAGUAGCAUCCUCCGGCUCCGCUGCCGCUACCGGUUCUGCAUCUACUAGCCAGGUCAGCGGAAGCCGCACCAUGAGCGGCUCUGGUUCCCCCACUGGCUCCCAGGCCGCUGAGCAGACCGAGAACGCUGCUGCCGGCAAGCUUGCCAGCUACGGUGUUGUCGCCAUGGGUAUGGCCGCUGUUUUCGGAUUGUAG